AGCAAAAGUUCUCCGGAUAAUUUUGACGUGGCUAGCAGAAAUAAUGGAAAGUUCAGCAGGGAAGAAAAGCAGUGAGAAUGCAAGUAGUCAGGAAGUAUCUGCUCCUGAAGGUGCCAAAACUUUUACACUUGAAGUUCUCCGGAUAAUUAAGGAUGCUCAGCAGCAGCAUGGGCUUCGUCAUGGUGACUACCAGCGCUACCGUGGCUACUGUUCACGCAGGAUUGGGAGAUUGAGGAAGGUUUUGAAGUUGCCGCAGUGCGAUAAGCGACACUACAAGAAGAAGGAUGUUGUGUUGGCACAUCUGCAGGGAGUGCGCUCUGAUGUGCGAUUCCUGCACAUUCCCCUGAUGCUGGCUGAACGUGCCUGGGCAUAUGCGAUGCAGCUGCGUCAGGAGGCAAACACUGAGCCACGAAAGAAGUUUCAUCUAAUUGGGAAACUCCGGAAGGCAUGUGUGUAUGCUCUGCAGCUGCAGGAAUUGGCUAAUGCUGAAGCAUGCGAUGCACGGACACGGUGGGAAAUUGAGGCAUACAAUGCCUGGCUCCAUGGAACACUGCAUUUUGAGCUGUCACUGUGGAAGAGUGCUGUGGAGAAUCUAAAGAGAGCCCAAUUGGUGUAUCAGAACUUAGGAGAGGCGCUUCCGGAAGAGGAGCAAUCGCUCUACCGGACGAAAGUGGAUGAGCUAACGCCAAGUAUUCGCUACUGUGCCUACAACAUUGGCGAAGGGGCCUCAAUGGAUGAUUUACUGGAACUCCGUGCCCAGGGAUUACUGGAGAAUCUCGAAUCUCUGGCAUCACAGGUGAAGAGUCAGAGUAGUGAGGCACUUCAGACAACCGAAUGGCGUGGCCGGAAGAUUCUCGUGCGCCCGGAGAAGGUGCGAUUGUUCUUGCUGAGUAUUCAGGAUCUCGAUAAGAGCAUCGAGAAGGCUAAAACUUUCCAGGCAAAGAUUGAGAUUCUCGAGACAAUCAUUAUGGACUGCAAAGACGCCAUAACUGCCAUUAGGGAUGAGAUAAAGCAAGACCCGAAGUUGCGAGCUAGUGCAGCUGGUGGUCAGGUGGUUGGUAUUCAUUUCUUGCUGUCGUACUUGACGUAUAUUCGCCUCAUGCGGACACUGGAGCGGAAUAUGUUGCUCGUGAAGCAGGCAAAGGCUAAUUUGGAGGAUUCUUCCGCAAAUGAGGGUGGUGGGAAGAAGGUUCGCCCGCAGGAUAUGACGAGACUCUAUGAGAUUAUCCUGCAGAAUGUCACGGAAUUGCAGCAAUUGACUGGGAUGGAGGAGGAUAAGGAAUAUCAGAAUGAGAUUGGUGCAUUGAAUACAACUUUCCGGGCUUUCCGUUGCUACUACAUUGCCCAGACUCUUGUGGCGCUCAAACGAUGGAGAGAAGCUGUGGCACUGUAUGAACGAUCCACCAAGUAUGCCAGUGAGGCACUCACCAGUGCUCCGGAAGCAUACACCGAAGAACUUCGUCAGCUCAUCAAUACCAUUGAGGGGUGCAAGUAUUCCGCUCAUGCCUAUAGCGUCCUCGAAGAUGACCCGGCGGAUGAGGCUGGUGCCCUUCCGGAACGUGCUCAAAAAUCCUCCAAACCCCUCUAUGAGCGUCUCUCGGAGUACAAGGAGGAUGCAUCGCUGCACACCAAGAACCCCAAUGUGUUCCGUCUUACACCGGAAAUGCAGCCAAUCCCGUGCAAGCCACUCUUCUUCGAUUUAGCCCUGAACUUCGUGCAGUUCCCAUCGCUGGAGGAUAAAAUUGAUUCACCCGGAAAGAAGCAGCCAGCUGGUAUUUCUGGCUUCGUCAAGGGCUUCCUCGGAUGGGGUGGUACCAGUAAGUGAGCUUUCUCUUUCAACAUUCUCUUUACGUAAAUAUUUUUCUUUAUGUUUUUGUUGCUCUGGAAUGGAUUUCAUUAAAAUGCUGAGAAAAAGAAAUGCAAAAAUGAAGUUUA